AUGAUAGCUGGCUUUUGGAAUUUACUUGAUUGAAUCCAUAGUUUCUUUGCAGCGUCUUGGAUUUCUUAAUUGUGAGAGAGACAACCACUAAUGGAGAGAAGAGUUUUGAUUUGAUUUAUCAAAGUGUGUAUGUCUAUAAAAGCUCUCAGUUGUUUGGUUGGGUACUGUAAUUAAAGUGUUUUUUUUUUGUUCCUGGAGAGUGAGAAGCAGGGGAGAUGGGAAUGACUUCAUCUCCAUCUGAAUCUCAAUCUGUUGAACAUCAUGCAAUCUUGGUGGAUUACAAUGAUGGUGCUAGUGGAUCUGGUGGUCUAGGAGAUCCUUUGCUGAGACAUGGGCUUAAGGAUCAAGAACAAGAUGAAGAUGGUGCAGGCUUUCUUAGGACCUCUUUCAAUGGUCUCAAUGCUCUCUCAGGAGUUGGAAUACUGUCAAUUCCAUAUGCACUUGCAGAGGGAGGGUGGUUGAGCUUAAUAUUAUUGCUUAUGAUAGCCAUUAUUUGCUGCUACACUGGAUUAUUGCUACAAAGAUGCACAGAUGCUAAUCCAAGUGUGAGAACUUAUCCUGACAUAGGUGGACUUGCAUUUGGUUACAAAGGGAGAGUAGUAGUGUCUGUUUUCAUGUAUGUUGAGAUAUUUCUAGUGGCAAUUGGGUUCUUGAUAUUGGAAGGUGACAAUUUGGACAAUCUGUUCCCUGGCAUGAGUCUUGAAAUUGGAGAUUUUAGAAUUGCAGGGAAGCAGUUCUUUGUUGUACUCAUUGCUCUUGUAAUUUUACCCACAACAUGGUUGAAAAACUUGGGUGUGCUUGCUUAUGUAUCUGCCGGAGGAGUUCUCGCUUCGAUAAUCAUUGUUUUUUCUGUUCUUUGGGCUGCCACAUUCGAUGGAGUUGGAUUUCAUCAGCGUGGCCGGCCUUUGAAUGUCGCCGGAUUGCCUACUUCUUUGGGUCUUUAUGCCUUUUGCUAUUGUGGCCAUGCCGUGUUCCCGACAAUUUCCAAUUCGAUGAGGAACAAAGCUCAAUACCCAAAGGUAUUGGUUCUAUGUUUUGUGCUCUGCACUAUCAAUUACGCGUCAAUGGCUGUUCUCGGCUACCUGAUGUAUGGCAAUGAAGUGAAAUCUCAAGUCACAUUGAAUCUACCUCUUGGACAUCUUAGUUCGAAGAUAGCUAUAUAUACUACAUUAAUCAAUCCAUUCACAAAAUAUGCUCUUGUGAUCACACCAAUUGCGAAUGCAAUUGAAGAAAGAUUGCGAGUUUAUAACAAGAGAUCGAGCUCGGUUCUUGUCAGAACACUCUUGGUAUCUAGCACUGUGAUCAUUGCCAUAAUGGUGCCUUUCUUUGCCGAUCUUAUGUCAUUCAUCGGCUCGCUUUUGAGCGUUAUCGUUUCUAUGCUACUGCCAUGUAUAUGCUAUCUCAUGAUCUUCAAGGACUCGAGGAAGAGUAAGAUUGAGCUAGUUUUCAUUGUUUUAAUUUUGGUAUUUGGAGUUUUGGUAGCUUCAUUAGGUAGUUACACUUCUGUGAAAAAGAUUAUACAGGAAAUGUGAAGAAACUCUUCACUUUUCUCUGGUAUCUAAAUGUAAUGUAACUUCAUACUACAAACAUAAGCUUCAAAAUAUCUA